AUGGCCUCAGCAGAGUCCGGCCAGCUCCAGUUCGGUGAGAUGUCCGCGCCCCCCGCCUACCGGCCCGCCCAGCCCGGCGGGGCGUUCCUGCCGCCCCCGAACCCCGCCGCUGCUCUGCUCCCCGCGCGCCCCUCGGGCCCCGCUGCGGAGCGCGGCGCCCCGGCGGCCUUCGCCGGCUUUUUCGAGAGGGGUCCCGGGCCCGCCGUGCUGCCCGCCGCCGGCCUGGACCGGCCUGCGCCCCCUAAAGGCGCGGCCGUCCCGUCGGCGUCGCAGCGCCGCAAGCGCACGUCGUUCAGACCCGAGCAGCUGCAAUUGCUGGAGCUCGUCUUCCGCCGGACCAUGUACCCGGACAUCCACCUGCGUGAGCGCCUGGCCGCGCUCACCUUGCUCCCCGAAUCCAGGAUCCAGCAGUUUCUCUCUCCCCUCUUCCAGGUGUGGUUCCAGAACAGGCGUGCCAAGUCACGUCGUCAGAGUGGGAAAUCCCUUCAACCUUCAGCCAGGCCGGAGCUCUUCCUCCACCACUCUGCUUGUGAAACUGAAGCAAAAUAUUUGAAGCCCCAGCUGGAGGUGGAUGUGAACUGCCUGCCGGAUCCCAACAAGGUUGGAGGAGGCAUCUCUGACCUUGGCUCUGAAGCUCAGAAUUUUGAAACCUAUCCUCCUCUCUCUGAAGACAUUGGUUUGAAGCUGGACUCAUGGGAGGAACACAUCUUUUCUGCCUUUGGUAACUCUUGAGGAGUUUGAGAGA